GGGGCCCGAUGGCUCAUUCCCCCCCCCCCCCCAAAUGCAGGUACGGGAUCCUGGUGGACCCCAUCCAGGUGGUCUCCCUCUUCCUCAAAGACCCCUACAGCUGGCCCUCCCUCUGCCUGGUCAUCGUGGCCAACGUCUUCACCCUGGUGGCCUUGGCCUUGGAGAGACGGCUGGCAGCGGGCUCCCUGUCGGAGGGCGCGGGGGCCGCCCUGCACGCCCUCAACCUCCUGGCCAUCCUCUGCUUCCCCGCCGCCGUCGUCCUCGCCGUCACCUCCAUCACCCCAGUGGGGGCCGUCUUCGCCCUGGCCGUCUACACCGUCCUCUUCCUCAAGCUCUUCUCCUUCAGGGACGUCAAUAAGUGGUGUCGGGAGAGGAGGGAGGCCCAAGGGGCCCCCCCGGCCCCCCCCGGCCACGGCUCGGCCGCAGCCCCACGUUUUCCCUCUUUCCCCCCCCCCCCAGAUCUCUACUACUUUCUCUUCGCGCCCACCCUGUGCUACGAGCUGAAUUUCCCCCGCUCCCCCGCUCCGCAAGCGCUCCUCCUGCGGCGCCUCUUCGAGAUGCUCUUCUUCAUCCAGCUGCUGGUGGGGCUGAUCCAGCAGUGGAUGGUGCCCACGAUCCAGAACUCCAUGAAGCCCUUUCGGGACAUGGAUUAUUCCCGCAUCAUCGAGCGGCUCCUGAAGCUGGCCGUCCCCAACCACCUCAUCUGGCUCAUCUUCUUCUACUGGUUCUUCCACUCCUGCCUGAACGUGGGCGAAGUGAUGCAGUUUGGGGACAGGGAGUUUUACAGGGACUGGUGGUGAGAACUCGAGUCGGUGACCUAUUUCUGGCAGAACUGGAACAUCCCCGUCCACAAGUGGUGUCUCAGGCACUUCUACAAGCCCAUGCUGAAGCGGGGGGCCAGCAAGUGGGUGGCCCAGACGGCCGUUUUCUUGGCGUCUGCCUUCUUCCAUGAGUAUUUGGUGAGCGUCCCUUGAAGAUGUUCCGGCUCUGGGGCGUUCAUGGGGAUGGCGGCUCAGAUCCCGCUGGCCUGGUUCGUCUCCAGGUUCCUCAGGGGGAACUACGGGAACGCGGCCGUCUGGAUGUCCCUCAUCAUCGGGCAGCCCAUCGCCGUCCUCAUGUACGUGCACGACUACUACGUGCUCAACUACGAAGGCCACCCCUGAGGGUGUCCGUCCCCCCCCCUCUGUCCCACCACCCCCCCCCGGGGGACGGCGACGCACGCGGGGACUUGGCGCCGCUGCCAGCGCCACACACACAACCCCCCCUGGUUCCCCCCCCCCCCAACUCCGGCGUCACCCGUCCUUGGGAAUUGAAUGUCGGAUCAAUGCAAUAGCCCCCCCCCCCCCCACAACGUGGGACGCACACACACACACGGCCCCCCCCCCCCCGCCCUGGGGACGAGGGGUGGCGGGGGGCACAGGAGGGGGGAGGCAGCUGUCCCCGUGUCCCCCCCCCAGCUUUAAGUGGCCGAACGGCGGCUGUUUUAAGGCACUUUAAGGGACUGUCCCCGCACCGCGACUGUCCCCUUCCCUCCCUGUCACACUCCUGGGGAUGGCGGGGGGGUGGGGGGGGGGGGAUGUCGUGUCUUGCCCCCCCUGCCUGCAGCCCUGCCCUCUCCUUUUGGUGGUGGUGGUGGUCGGGGGGGGGACGACGACGGGAUGGGACGGGACCCGGGGACCUGCUGCUGCCUCCCGGCCUCACUCAGCCACUUUUUAACCCUCCCAGAUUCUAUCUGUCAAAUACCCAGUGAUUAAAGUGUCUUUUUUUUUUGGUUUUU